GAGGAGAACGCGCCAACCACUCUAGUCCCGGCGCAGGUGCCGGGGGCGGCGGCGGCGACUGCAACUCCGCAGCGUCCGUUCGGGAGGAGAGUUCGCGGCUGCUCUCGGGAUGCCUUGCAGAUGCAAAAUGUGUCUCUGGCCAGCAGGAGGAAGGAAGAGGAAGUGAGAGCAGCGGCAGCCGGCAGCGCAGCAGCCGGCCGACCCAGAGUGUGUAGACACGUGUGGCUGUCCACGCUGUAGGAUCCUCAGUUCCAAGGGCUUUGGACAGUCUUGGGGUUCACAAUGCCGCCACCCGCGGACAUCGUCAAGGUGGCCAUAGAAUGGCCGGGAGCCUACCCCAAGCUCAUGGAAAUCGAUCAGAAAAAGCCACUGUCUGCAAUAAUAAAGGAAGUCUGUGAUGGGUGGUCUCUUGCCAACCAUGAAUAUUUUGCACUGCAACAUGCUGAUAGUUCAAACUUCUACAUCACAGAAAAGAAUCGCAAUGAAAUAAAGAAUGGCACUAUCCUUCGGUUAACUACAUCUCCAGCUCAAAAUGCCCAGCAGCUCCAUGAACGAAUCCAGUCGUCAAGCAUGGACGCCAAACUGGAGGCCCUGAAGGACCUGGCCAGCCUCUCCCGGGAUGUCACCUUUGCCCAGGAGUUUAUAAACCUGGACGGCAUCUCUCUCCUCACCCAGAUGGUUGAAAGCGGCACUGACCGAUACCAGAAAUUGCAGAAGAUUAUGAAGCCUUGCUUUGGAGACAUGCUGUCCUUCACCCUGACGGCCUUUGUGGAGCUGAUGGACCAUGGCAUUGUGUCGUGGGAUACAUUUUCGGUGGCGUUUAUUAAGAAGAUAGCAAGCUUUGUGAACAAGUCAGCCAUAGACAUCUCAAUCCUGCAACGGUCCUUGGCCAUCUUGGAGUCAAUGGUGCUCAAUAGCCAUGACCUCUACCAGAAGGUGGCACAGGAGAUCACUAUUGGCCAACUCAUUCCUCAUCUUCAAGGAACAGACCAGGAAAUCCAAACCUAUACUAUUGCUGUGAUCAAUGCACUUUUCCUGAAGGCCCCUGAUGAGAGGAGGCAGGAGAUGGCGAAUAUUUUGGCUCAGAAGCAGCUGCGCUCCAUCAUUCUAACACAUGUCAUCCGAGCGCAGCGAGCCAUUAACAAUGAGAUGGCGCACCAACUCUAUGUUCUCCAAGUUCUCACCUUUAACCUCCUGGAAGACAGGAUGAUGACCAAGAUGGACCCCCAGGACCAGGCUCAAAGAGACAUCAUAUUUGAACUUCGAAGAAUUGCUUUUGAUGCCGAGUCUGAGCCUAACAACAGCAGCGGCAGCAUGGAGAAGCGCAAGUCCAUGUACACGCGGGAUUAUAAAAAACUUGGCUUCAUUAACCAUGUCAACCCUGCCAUGGACUUUACUCAGACUCCUCCUGGAAUGUUGGCUUUGGACAAUAUGCUCUACUUUGCUAAGCACCAUCAGGAUGCAUACAUCCGGAUCGUGCUGGAGAACAGUAGCCGAGAAGAUAAGCAUGAGUGUCCCUUUGGCCGCAGUAGUAUAGAGCUGACCAAGAUGCUGUGUGAGAUAUUGAAAGUGGGCGAGCUGCCUAGUGAGACCUGCAAUGACUUCCACCCGAUGUUCUUCACCCACGACAGAUCCUUUGAGGAGUUUUUCUGCAUCUGCAUCCAGCUCCUGAAUAAGACAUGGAAGGAAAUGAGGGCAACUUCUGAAGACUUCAACAAGGUAAUGCAGGUGGUGAAGGAGCAGGUUAUGAGAGCACUUACAACCAAGCCUAGCUCCCUGGACCAGUUCAAGAGCAAACUGCAGAACCUGAGCUACACCGAGAUCCUGAAAAUCCGCCAGUCUGAGAGGAUGAACCAGGAAGAUUUCCAGUCCCGCCCGAUUUUGGAACUAAAGGAGAAGAUCCAGCCAGAAAUCUUAGAGCUGAUCAAACAACAACGCCUGAACCGUCUGGUGGAAGGGACCUGCUUUAGGAAACUCAAUGCCCGGCGGAGGCAAGACAAGUUUUGGUAUUGUCGGCUUUCUCCAAAUCACAAGGUCCUACAUUAUGGAGACUUGGAAGAAAGCCCUCAGGGAGAAGUGCCCCAUGAUUCCUUGCAGGACAAAUUGCCGGUGGCAGAUAUCAAAGCUGUGGUGACGGGAAAGGACUGUCCUCACAUGAAAGAGAAAGGUGCCCUUAAACAAAACAAGGAGGUGCUUGAACUUGCUUUCUCCAUCUUGUAUGACUCAAACUGCCAACUGAACUUCAUUGCUCCUGACAAGCAUGAGUACUGUAUCUGGACGGAUGGGCUGAAUGCGCUGCUUGGGAAAGACAUGAUGAGCGACCUGACACGGAAUGACCUGGACACCCUGCUCAGCAUGGAAAUUAAGCUCCGCCUCCUGGACCUGGAAAACAUCCAGAUCCCUGACGCACCUCCACCCAUCCCCAAGGAGCCCAGCAACUACGACUUCGUCUAUGACUGUAACUGAAGUGGCCGGGCCCAGACAAGCCCCCCGCUCCCAAACUGGAAAAUCUAGCUAACAGGAGAGAGGAAGGAAAACAUAACUCGUGCUUUGGAAUCAUCUUUUGGUAAAGGGAAGCUGCAGGUCACCCUCUCUUUGGUGUCACCUCUAACCCCAACAAUUUUUGGCCCCUCCCACCUCCUUGGAUCUGUUUCUGGACUCGCUGCUUUAGAUCACUGCCCAUUGCUGCAGUUCACUGGUGGGACAAUAGCCAAAAGCCACUGCUGGCAAGAGAGCCAUCGGGCAUUUCCAUCCUAAUCCCUGGAAGGCAAAGUCCUUCCUUCCUAGAGUAGGAAAGCCAGCAGCCCCAGACCACAAGGAAUGAAUACCCGGUGGCCUGUGCCUGGAAGAAAUGGCGCAGCUACCUGAUGGGAAGACAAACGCCAUGCUCUCCUUUCCCUUCUCUCGAGGGUCAGCUCAUGUCACCAGGUUCAUUUGAAUUGAGAUCUGCUUUGAGAUCUCUCUCCCCGUCUCCUGACUUGGCCUUGCCCUGGUCCUUUUGGGUCCCAAGGGCAGCGCCAGUAUGCUCAUAGUAAGCCUCGCCAGCACUGGGUCUCCCAAACAGUCCACAGACCCCACGCCCACUCCGCAUCUGCACUGUGACCGUGACCAGCCUCCCGCUGCCCUCUGCGCUAGCUAGUCUUGGGCUUCCUCUCCCUGCCCCAGCCCAGACCUGCCUUCCUCAUUUCCACACAUGCUCCCAGCCUCUUAGCUGAAAGCACAAAUGAAAUCAGUAGUUACACUCCAUCUCUAAUAGACUAAACCUAAAUGCCUCUAUGACGGGCUGUCAAUAUCCGAGGGUUUCGUGUCACCUUCUCCUGGGGAACCUGCUGCAACACAGGUUUUCCAUGGGAUGGUCAAGCUGUCAGACAUCCAAGUUUACAUCGUUGUAAUUAUUACAGGUAUUUACAAUUUGCAAGGUUUUUUUUUUUUUUUUUGCUUUGUUUUUGUACAAAAGAGUCUAACAUUUUUUGCCAAACAGAUAUAUAUUUAAUGAAAAGAAGAGAUACAUAAAUGUGUGUACUUUCCAGGUUUUUUUUAAUUAUUUUAAUCCCAAACAUCCUCCUGAGAAUAACAUUCCCUUAAACAUGCUGUGGAAUAAAAUUAAUCAUGAUGA